CUUCUUUGUAUCGAUCGGUGCUGAUGCGUGAACAUACUAGCGAUGUACAUACUACGUUUGCUCUAUCGAUUAUUUCGUGCUUGUCCGGCUCGCGGUCAAUGAUAGCAUUAGUCGGACACGAAGUCCACCGUUGAGCAACGCCCUUUUAAGACGCCUGGUUGUGCCUCUCGAAGUCCGCUGCACGUCAAGCGAACAGAAGUGACGCCGUCGUCCAAAGAGAGACGUUACUGCAAUAUAAUUCGUACCCGAUACAUCGUGACGACGUGGUGUCGCGAUAUCAAUUCGGUGAGUAAAACACAGAUAUCAGCCGAGGGGGAAGCCGACGAAACGCGCUCCCGAAAAUCGCUCAUCGUCCUUUCUCUCUCUCUUUUUUCUUUUUUAGAUCAUCAUUCAUUUUAGAUCUUUUUUAGAUCACUCCCGAUCGACACAAUGUUCCCUCAUCGACCCGUUGUCGCCGGUUACUCUCUAGCUCGUUGAACACACUCGAACACUUUGUUAUGGAAACAUGAACGGUCACACAGAACGGAUGAAUCUUUAAUUAUCCUACAUGCAACGGGCAUGGGGAUUAUGCGAGGCAGGCUACGAUAGAUAUGGCACGUCUCUAUUACGAGUGUAACUUGGAAUUGAAAAACGAGAGCACGAUCGUCAGGCCGUACGCAUGUACUCCUGAGAGAUAUUGCCUAUAUUGCUGUUGUAAUUCGCAGUGUUGCUUCGUGGUGCAACGACGGCCUCCACGUCACCUCUGGGAAACCUGGUACUUUUGGCUCGGCAUUGCUUUAGUCACUGUUUUUGUCAUUUCUUCGGUGAGCAGCUACGUAGUCAGUAAUUACAGACAUAACAUUCAAGGUGUUCCAUUCCGUCAUAAUCCACAUGUCAACGCUAACAUACGGAAUGACCAAUUUAAUCAGCCGGCGGCUAAUCAGAAUCAAAUAUCUAUAAGUAUAAUUCCCUCGACGGGGACGUUGUCGUCGCAGAGAAAAACGCUGGUGAUCGGCGCGCAGCCGGGCGUCACGCAUAUGACACCCGUCGUUGCGUAACGGAACGCCACUCUUCGUCGCCGAUGCGUCGCGAGACCGGGAACCGGAAAAAGCGUUCCAGUGGCUUGUAUUUCAGGGCUUCUACACGAUAAUAUACUCCAUGGGCACGCACAUCUCGACGUUACGUCGUUCCCUCGUCUCCGUUCACCGGCGCGGGAGCGUCAUUACAGAACACUUAACUCGAAUACACCUCUUUACUCUUUGCGCUUACGCGUAAUAGCUGGUAGCAGUUUGGGAUGCGUCACGAACACGUGAGGAAUAGAUGAGGAGAAUGAGAACGUCGCGAGGAUCUCCGCGGAUCCUCCUGAGAUGUCGCGAGAUCGCGACUCGGAUUGAGAGCAACGAUUCUUCGCCGACAAAUCUGCGACUCUCUCAGGUCGCAUGAAAUAAUUUCUCACACCGUGUAUUCGCGACAUAUAUCUAAUAUUCUAUGUGUAUGUAUGUAUGUAUGUAAAAAAGUUGAAAGUUGUAUCGAAGUGACGCCACUUUUGUCACAAUAUUCCGACAAAUGUCAAAGUUCGUUUUCAAAUGUCUCACUUUGCAUACGUUCGUAAGCGGUAAAAAGAAUAGCGCGACUGAGGAAUAAUAAGAAACAUGGAAAAAUUGCCUCGCGAUAUUUUCCGGUCACGGAUCAGUGAAGCUAAAGUAGCGUAAAGCGACGAGAAUACACUCACGAUUCGACGAGCAGCUCAGCUGAGCUGAAAUCGCGGCGAUUUUUCCCUCACGUCAAUUAGGGAGGUCAAUCGAUUACCGUGAUUAUCUUUUCAUUACUCUCGCUGCGAAAGUAGCGCGAUAUUCCAGCCGAUCGCUUAUUCGCGUCGUCUACGAUAAUCUGCCGAUCGAAAUCGCGCGCGCGCGCGCGAGAUGCAAGACGUCCGACGCUUGACCGUUGUGUAUGCGUGUGUGCUUAUGCAUACAUGUGUGUGAGGUAGCGACGAUCUUUCCUGAAGCCAUUACGUGAGAAUUACAGGCCUCGGCCGGUUCGUCGCGUCUCAGCAGUGAUUUCGCCCGGCUUUGAUCGAUUUAAACGAUUAACGCGUAUUCUUUCGGACAGCAUCUCACCGGCCGUCCCGAGCGUCGUGUGCGUACAUACACUGAGAAAAAAAUGUUUGCUACUUGUAACUACGCAUGAUCGCACACACAGAGAAACAAUUAUUAUAAAUUAUGAUCAAAGUGAAUUGUUUCUUUUUUGUUAAAGAUUCCACUGUAAUGUUAGCGACAUACUAAUCUUGCGUGCGUGUCACUUUACUACCAGUUUCGCGUUAGUGCAGCCGAAAGAUACGGUCGUGGAGCCAGAAGUGACUGUAACUUUAGUUUUAGAUGAAGCGUCUUUUUCUCUCAAUGUAUGCGCGAUGACGAUAUCCAGGAGAGCGACACGGCCUCCAGCCGCUGCUCCCCUCGGUGCGCGUUUCCCCACGUCGCGCAAGCAACCUGCUCGGAACCCGUUCUCGGCGUCGGUCCGCGACUGGGCGCAACUCUCGUCGACAAUUAAGAAGACGCACCGGUGCGUGAUCGUGCCCGAACGCGCCGACGGGAGUAAGAGUCCAGAAGCUAAUUAAAAGGGACGCUCCCGCUCUCGGAGAAAUGGCCCGCUUCCCCCGCGAGCGGUUCCCCGCGUCCUCCGAGUUCCCUCGCUCCUCUCCGCCGAGCAGUCUUUUGCCGUCCUCCCAGCGCUGUAGCAAAUUAACGACUAAUUAAAAUAAUGAUUCUGCGUUAUUAACACGACACCACUUUAUUUAUUUCUCGGGUGCUCGAACAUUGCCUCUCGCUUGGCGUUCUUAUUGUCGUGCACAUCAAUCGAGAUCGUCGGAAGAUUUGCACACGUCGCAUUCGUUUUCGCGUUUGAUUUUCUUCUCUUCUCUUUUUCCGAGCGUCUUUUUUUCUUUUAGGAUCUUUACAACCUCUCUUGGUGAGCUAAUAGUUAACUCAUACGUCCUUCUCUGUUUCUCCUUCCAAUUAGACAAAGAUAAACAUAUGAUUUAACUAUUAGCUUACCAAGAGGUUGGAACAAUCGGUCCUUAGAGAAAAGUAAGCAAGACAAAAAUCUGAUUGGACAAAUUCUUUUAAAUUUUAUUAGAAAAAGAAAAAAGGCAUCGUUCAAAUUUUUUUUAAACAAAAUUUUACUUGACCCCACACAGUGGGAUCACUGACUGCUUCGAUGCUUUCUUGAAAACUAAAAAUUAGAAGAAAUAAAAAUUUAGAAGAAUUGGUCGAACCAGUUUUUUGUUCGUCAGAAUUAUCAGGAUUUUCUUAACAGAUGGUAGUAUCCCUAACAAAUAUCCAGGAGACGUCCUGAGAACGUCCUGGGGACAUUUCUACAUCCUCAAGACAUCUGUAGGACGUCCCCAUUUUGUGCUGUAUGGGAUCUUUUUCGUACUACGUGUCCAACGUCCCUCGAAUUCUCGCUCAUUGUCGCAACCUGCAAUGUAAGAAUUGCGAAAUUCGCCGCGCAAGUCGCGCAAGUUAGGCGACACAGCGCGAAAAGAACGAGCGGCUGAACGGUCGAUUAAUACACUUCGGCAAAUUGCCCAUACGUGAAAGACAUCCCUGUUGGCCCGGCGAGAGCCUUUUUACUCGCGGACACUCGAUCCGUCCGUGCAACAAGAAGCAGCCGCAGAACAGCCGACGCGACCUCGUUAAAUUGUAACCGAGUGUCAUUCCGAUAACCCAACUCGGCUUUUACUGUCUCUCGACGGAGAGGCCGAUAAAGAAAUGUGCAACGAGCGGGGGCUCUGGUUAAUGUUGCAUGCACAGGAAACCAAGCGAGGAAUUCGACUCCCGUCUGCUGCGUUUCAACAGCUAAUGUCUGCGCGCCGCGAUUGAGUCAUUGAGCGUCGAUCAAAUGGAAAAAAAAAAAUGCGCAGUUCCCCCCGGCGAAGGUCUGAUUUCCUGUGUGACAACCAUGUCAGCCUGUCUAUCCACCUCUUGAAACUGCAGGCAGCGAAAUAGCAGCGAGCGAGAACUCUGAAAAAAAAAAUAUCUGAGUAUCAUGAGAGCCUGUUUUAUUUAAAAUGUUUCCCAGAACGAGUGAACAGAGUUCACUCAAGGCGACAGUACUGUCGUUCGGAGUCGUAAGAGUGAAAGUUUCAGCUUUGAGUGGUCCCACUCCGUACAAACGGAUAAUUUAAUCAAUUAGAGUAAGCCUGUUACUGUGACAGUGGAGCACACAUCGAUGAAAAAUUAACUCGGUCGAAUCUUUUUCACAGUGAUUUUAACUCAAUGAAAUUGACACGUCGCCACUAGCGUCGCACAUGUGUGACGCUGAGAGAAGAACGCUUGAAAAUAUAUUUUUGGCAUGAAAGCUUGUUACGCGAAAAUAAAUUUUAUUUUACAAAAAUAAACUUCGUUUCAUCAAAAUAUAAAUUUUACGUGCCACAAGUAAAUUUUUAAGCGUUUUUUUUCGGUGCACCGAUCUCUCACUUCAAGCUCAUCUCUGAUUCAAAUUUUCAAUUGACAUGUUUGCUACUAACAUGCGUAAUAUAACUUAAAUUUUUCUCCGUACAUUCACAUAUAAACAGACUCUUUUGCAUAAUUAUAUGAAAAUAAAUAUAAUGUAGCUUGUAGAGAGAAUUCCGUAAGUGGUAGCGAACGUGUUAACUCCGUCUAAUUUCACAGUGUGAUUUUGACUCUGUAAAAUUAAUUCAGUUUAAUUUCACGGCGAAGAUAUCAACUCGACGGCUCUGAAUGGAGAAUUCGCUUCAUAUGGGUGAAAAAUCGUUCGAAUUCAACUAGAGUUUCGCGUCACUCCACACUGAGGGAAAAAUAUAUGAUACUUGGAACUAUAAUGGCAUAGUAAAAAAAUUAUAAUUAUGAAUAUUAUUUUU